AUGGCAGACAGUCCGUCGUUUGAGGUCAUUGUUUUGGGCCCCACUGGUGGACCAUGCGAAGACCGAACUACCGGCCUUCUCGUGCGAACAAAGUCCACAAAUUGGUCUCCCGGAUCAAUUGUAGCUGUCGAUGCGGGGACUAUGCUAGCGGGAAUCAUUCGCAUACUUAAACCACAUGUCCCAAGUUCGAAUUUGAAGACUAGCCGCGCCAAACCUGUCUUGAAAGAAGGACCUUUAAAGGGUCUAAAAUUACCUUUUGUGACCGCCGAGGCUAAUGCGGCCUAUGUCUUCCAGGAAAUCAUUGGCGCGUUUCUUAUCACUCAUCCCCACCUGGACCAUGUUUCCGGCCUGGCAAUCAACACGCCGAUCAUUGAGGCGGGAAGUGGGCCAAAACCCGUUGCGGCUCUGCCGUCUGUGCUAGCUGCUAUUAAAAACCACGUGUUCAAUGAUGUGAUCUGGCCCAAUUUGUCGGAUGAAGAUGGUGGUGCUGGUCUCUUGACAUACCAGCGGUUGGUUGAGGGUGGAAACCCGCGAUUCGGCAAUGGAGAAAGCAGAGGAUACGUUCGUGCAUGCCAAGGAAUCGUGACUAAAUGUUUGAGUGUCAGUCAUGGCCGGUGCAAGCAGAGAUAUCAUCCAGAAAGCGGAGUUCAUCAUCGUGUUGGAAGUGCUGUAUUCAAUCACGGAGAGCCAAGACUUCUGCGUCCAAGAGCGAUAUCUGUGGACCAGUCUACAGAGGGAUACUAUUCUCCAGCUCGAUCGCCUCGUCUCAUCCCUGGUGAGCCCAUGCUAGCAACUGUUGAAAGCUCUGCUUUCUUCCUCCGCGACCAUGAAAACGGAAAUGAAAUCAUCGUCUUCGGGGACGUUGAACCGGAUUCGAUUUCCCUUGAGCCACGGAACCGACGUGUCUGGGAAACAGCUGCCCCAAAGAUCGCUAAUGGAAAACUCCGCACUAUCUUCAUCGAGUGCUCUUACACCGACAGCAUCGAUGACGUAUAUCUUUAUGGUCAUUUAUGUCCGCGCCACCUCGUUGCAGAGCUCACCGUUCUAGCUGACUUGGUCAUGUAUUCGCGAGACAAUCACUACGGUGGAACUGACCGAAAGCGAAAGCGGCCAAUAUUGGGUGAAAGUCUCUUGGAUGAAAAUAGUCCUCGCAACAAGCGUACUCUAAGUUCCUCGAGCGGCAAAGCACGUUCGUCCUCGUCGAGGGGCCCAUAUAACGAACCUCUUGAUGGACUUGGCGAUCUUUACACUUUUGAAGAGUUUGAUCCCCCGGACCCAACCCGCUGGGCUACUGUCGAAAACCCUCCCUUAGCUGGAUUGUCUGUUUAUAUCAUCCAUAUCAAGGAGACACUCAAAGAUGACGGUAGUCCUGGCCCGCGCAUUAUACAGGAGCUGAACGACCACAGCGUUGCAGUCAGGUUGGGGUGUAGCUUCUUUCUCCCCGAUACAUCAGUGGCUAUCUCCUGUUGA